GUUCAUAACCGAGUUGACUGACGAGCGGCGCGGACGUGUUUUCGCGUUCGAUCCUCCGGCAUUUUUGGUGUGUGUGCUUUUUGUACUGUGUACUUCCUCCCCCACUCUUCGAGCACCUGCUCCAGCAAAAGUUGAGUGGGGUGGCCUUUUAUUUACCGGUCGGCUAGUAAAUAAGAUACGGAUACCUGUAAUAAAAUAACAAUCAAAAGUGCGAAUGUGAAGAGAGGUGUGCGACAAAAACAAUACGGCGCGUGUGUUUCUUUCCAUCUGAACGUCGAAUCGCGAAAAACGCAGAGAAAUCAAGAUUUUUGUAAAGUGAAACCAGUGAAACUAAAGUGCACAAAAUACAAACUUCCGGAAGAAAAUUAUCAUUGGUUUAGUUGAAUUCUGAUUGAAGAACAUUGUUGGUCGAUGCGCUUCUGCUAUAUUUAGAAGACUUGUUCAUCCAUCUCUGAGUGAGGCACGUUCUUAUCAUUUUUUCCUAGGUCACAAUUGAUUCCACAUUGUACAAAGCUUACUUUUUGAAAUGAGCGAAACCGCGGGCGAACCAAGUCAACCAUCUGACAACCAUCCACCAAAAGCAAAACGCUGCUCUGCCGAUUUCAUAUUCGGAAGACAGAUUGGCGAAGGAAGCUUCAGUGUCGUUUACCUUGCCAAAGAUAUCCACACCCAGAAGGAAUGGGCAGUGAAAGUAUGCGAAAAGCGGCAGAUAAUUCGCGAACGGAAGCAGGAAUACGUAAAACGCGAGCGGGAAGCCCUGAACAGGAUGAGCGGUGUUCCGGGGUUUCUGAAGCUGUUCUGUACGUUUCAGGAUCCUACAAAGUUGUUCUUUGUAGUGACAUACGCCCGAAAUGGUACACUACUGGGCCUGAUGGAAAAAAUAAAGAGACUAGAUUUGAAGUCGGUUAAAUUUUACGCUGCUCAGAUUGUGCUUGCAAUUCAAGAGAUGCAUGCGAAGAAUAUUAUCCACAGGGAUUUGAAGCCGGAAAACAUCCUGUUGGAUGACGAGUUUCAUGUUAUGAUAGCGGAUUUCGGAUCUUCGCGAAUCAGCGACGUGCAGGUACUUCAAGUAGAUGACGGAUCGGAUUCUGAUGAGAAGGCCGAAAGACCGCGGAGUGGAAGCUUCGUAGGAACAGCGCAGUACGUAUCACCGGAAAUCCUACGAGGAAGGGGCUCCAGUGAAGCAUCGGAUUUGUGGUCGUUUGGGUGCAUCCUGUACCAGAUGAUUGCUGGCUUCCCACCAUUCCAAGGGCCGAACGACUAUUUGAUAUUUCAGCAAAUCAACAACCUGGAGCUAACCUUUCCGGAGAAUUUUAACAAGGAUGGCGAGGAUUUGGUUCGGAAGCUGCUGGUCCAGAAUCCGCGGGAAAGGUUGGGGAUGAAAGAUCGGUCGCGUUACGAAAGCAUACGGAAGCACAAGUUCUUCGAGGACGUAGACUUCUCCAUUAUUCGAACGACGAGCGCUCCGGUUUCGUUGGAAAGUUCUUCGGAGCAUGAGGGAAGCUUCUUGGGAGACGUCAAACCCGGUUUGGGACCGGAUCAAAUAACGAGACUGCUAGGACAGGAUUGGUUCAGAAUGGGAGCUGCUGGUAGCAGCUCUGAUUUACCCUAAUUGACAGCUAACAUGAAUUGGACCGCACAUCAUCUCUUUCGACGGCCUUCGGCAUCAUCUUGUAAAGCGUAUUCGAUAUGUUUGAGAAUGAGAGCGAAAUUGCUUAACUUGUUAAAUGUAAAUAAUCGAUACCCUGUAGAAGAUACUUAAGCUGUAUUUUUCACGACGUGAUCGGAAUCGAGAGCAGUUAGUGUGUAGUGAAAAGUGUCCUUGAGUGAAAAUUGGAAGCUUAUCAUUAGUGUAGUAUAAAACGUAUAAGAAAAAUGAAUAGAAACACGAAGUGUGGAUCGUGAACCGCAUUCAACUCUAAAUGGAUUGAAGUCCCAUCCAAGAAGCAAAUUCAGUUAGUUCAGUUUCGGACCACGAUCACCGGACAUUGACACAGAAUGGCCAACUACUUUGUCUGUUUGGUGGUGCAGCGGCUGAUACUGCCGAUCAUCAUGGCAAUAUGUUGCCUGAUGAGACCGGUAGGACUGUCGCUGCCGUACUUGCUCUUCCUGUUCGGUUUACCAUUUGUGCCGGUAGCUACGCCAAGAAGUAUAAAAGGUUCCACGGGUCUCUAUUUUAAGCUAUAUAUAACCCUCAGCAUAUUGCUGUUAGUGGGCCAGAUAGCGUUUCAAAUUGUGCUGAUUGCGCUAGGCGAUCAGCUGAUAGAGUCGUGCCAAUUUCUGGAGAUUCUGCUACGCCACAUAGGGCUGGUGAAGUUCCAGGAUCUUAAUGCGGCGGUAGUCGUCUACUGGAUUUCCCCGGAGAUCAUCAUGAGUCUCACGGCGAUAAUAGUAUAUGUGAUAUUGAGGACGCUUGCCAAUGGAAACACGGAAGCGGAUCAACAAGAUCCCACCACUCCGAGUUCGUUGGAAGCACCGGAAGUGGCAACACUGAGAUGUGAUCCAAACCCAGUCAGCAGGGAGAAGCUCGCGUUUCUUACCAAACUUGGAGUGCUGCUCAGCGUGGCAAUGCUCUGCUUGGCGGCUGUCCUGCAACCCUCCGUUCCCAGUGGGAUAUAUUUUGUAAUAUUUUUAGGAUCCGCCACUUGGUGGGCUUGUUAUAAGGAACUGGAUAGAGCAUUUGGCGUAGUUUUAAGGGUAACAUUAGUGUUUUUAAUACUUCACAUCACUGGCUUCCUGGCGUACCAAAAUCCGUGGCCCCAGGAACUGCUACCGGCGAACGAAACGAUCGCUCGCAUCUUCGCACUGACGCCAAUCAUGUCCUCCAGCUGUGACAAUUUGACCGACAUCCGGUACGUGUACUUCAACAGCGAUCUAGGCUCCGAUUACUACCUCAAUCCGGUUGUUCUGAUGCUGUGUUACUAUUGUAUAUCAAUCACCUCAUCGCUACUUAUGAGACCAAGAAUGACGGACAAGGAAAUCAAGCGCCAGGAGCUUUUCUACCAGCUUGAAAGUGGAGUACGGCUCCAGCGUCAGAUUUCGUUCCGCAUGCAGCGCAAAAACAUUCUCCGCAAGACGCUCACUAGUGACCGGUGGCGGGGAGCCGCACGCAAAGUAAAAAACGUAUCACCGGCGAGACGGUUCUACUAUCAUCAGCCAUCAGCAACCAAACCGAGGGGUCGCGUUCUACAGCUCGCCGUUCCGUAUUCACCUUCCGCCACGUCCGACGUUCCGGACGAAAGGACACCUCUGAUGCGCGGAGGAACGCGAAGAGUACGAGAUGCUUCCACGUCUGACGCGCAAAAUACCAUCCCAAAUGAUAGUAUAGCCAUGCACACUAUCGAAGAGGAAGAUACGACCAGCUUCUUCGAGCAGAUCAUGCUGGCCACGGGGAAUGUGGCCAACUUUAUCUACAAAAACAGCUACAUCUUCACGAAUGUCAUCAUGAUGACGUGGAGCAUCAUGUUUCACAGUUGGUUAACGUUUGUGCUGUUGAUCUGGGCCAACCUGAUCUGGAUCAUGCCGAAUCAGCGCAAGAAUAUGCUUAACUCCAGUCCAUUCCUAGUCAUCUACGCGGAGCUGCUACUGCUAGCGCAGUAUCUGUACGGAAUGAAACUCACCGACGACGAGCUGCCGUCCACCGUCAAUAUUACCGGUAUCAAUCUGGCUCAGAUUGGUUUCAUCAAGUACCCGGAGUAUCCGUGCUCGCCACUGCUGAUCAAAUCCCUGUUCACCACCAUGUUCUGGAUCUCGUUGCGUCAGAUGAUCCAGGAACGGCAAAACGAGCGGCGAACAUCCACCAUUGCCGAUAUGGCUGCACCGCUGCAAGUCACGGUCGGGGCGGCCACGACGGUCGGUGCCGGUCGACCACUGGAGAAGAAAUCCUCGGCUUUUAUAACGCGAGCCGGAACGCUGAUCAACUCGUUCCUGAUCAAGUUCUGGAUCUGGGUGGUGGCGAUCACGUUGUUCCUAUCCGGCAUGACGGGCCAUCGGAUGACCGGUUUUAGGAUAGUGUAUAUGGCGCUGUUUUUGAUCUUUGUUCUAACAUUCCAAUUCUCCUUCAAAGUCUGGCGCAAGAUGAUGUACGCAUUCUGGUUGACGGUGAUCGUCUACUCCAUGUCCAUCCUUGUUUUAGUCUACACUUACCAGUUCGACAAAUUCCCACUCUAUUGGACCGAGUAUCUUCAUAUUUCGGAUACUUUACAAAAAGAUAUCGGUUUAGAAACAUAUGAGACCAAACAGCUCUUCCUUCAUCUGGUUAACCCAACCAUGAUCGUCAUCAUCACCGUGAUUCAACUCCACUAUUGCCACAGGAAGUUUCUGGAAAUCUCGGAAAUUCCUAUUGUACAAGACAACGACAUCCCCGUGGUGUCCGAAACGAGUUCCGCCUACGGUACCUUCUCCCGGCGGAAAAAGCUCAGCAGUACAACCGAUGCGCCACCGAUCGAAAGAGAUCCCGAAGUGGGUGCCCGUGACGAUGACGGCAAGCAGCCACUCAAAGAAGACGAAGAAGAACUAGGUGGAGACGUUGCUUCGGAAAUACUGGACGAUCUCCGCUUCCGCAAGCUUUCCAAACAGGAAAUCAAAGGCGUUGCUCAAAAACUCAUCAAUCGUAUUUCAAAGUUGGCGGAAAUCGUUUGGUUGUUCUUCGAGAUCCAUCUGCUGAAGAUCAUUUUGAUUGUGGCGUUUUCCCUCAGCGUAGAGACGAUCUCGUUUCUCCACUUGAUGUACGUGAUCAUGACAGUGUUUGCGGUAAAAUCGCAUACCAACUCGCUGGUGUUGAUCACCAGGAUCAUGUCGCUGAUCUCGUCGAUUCUGCUGAUCACGACUAUGAUCUACCAAGUGGACUACAUCAACGAAGCGAACUACGUCAGCGAGUGUCCCAACAUAGAUCUGAACCAGACUCACUGGGAAAUGAACAACGCAAAGUGGUUCGGGUUUCAGAAGACAUCGGAAAUUAGCAGUUUGGCAGAUUUGGUGAGGCCGUACCUGAUCUACAUCAUUGUGGUGACGAUCCAUGCGGUGGUUGUGUUGAGGCAAACCAUUCGUCGUAUACGGUUGGGGCAAUCUCCGAGAACUCCACAUAUGAUGUUCCCAAAUGUAACACGUCAUGAUGCAGAUAAGGACAUUCCACGCAUGAUCAAAUUCUUGUUCAACUAUGGAUUCUACAAGUUUGGGGUGGAAAUCUCUUUGGUGUCUUUGGUAGUUGUGAUUGCGUCUCGAAUGGAUGUGUUCUCCUGCUUCUAUGCCAUAUGGACAUGCAUAAUGUUCCACAUGAAUCGGGAUAGUUUACGACGGGUUUGGCGGGUACUGACGUGGUUUACCGUUGUGCUGAUACCCUUGCAGUAUGUCAUUUUCAUCGGAUUACCACCGAUUUUAUGCGUUGAUUACCCUUGGGAUAUACCAUUCCUGGAUCGCUUCCGGAUAUGGGCGAUGUUGCCGGAGAAUUCGGCCGUUUUCCGUGCUCAAGCUGGUAAGGUAGUAGCUGAUUUCCUUCUGUUGAUGUUCCUCUGCCGACAGACCCUAGUGUUCCGGAUUGAGACAAGGUAUUCAUCCUGCCCGGAUGAUUUUGGUGGAGGCAGCAAUCAAUCAGUACUGGAGGACAUUGAUAAACUGGGAACGGUUCCGUUCAUCAACCCAACUCCGGAUUUCAUCGCCAAGGUGCGAAACUGGCUGGAUGUGCUGAAACGUGGCGCAUUCUUGGUAUUUUUCUGGUUCACUUUGGCCAUUGUGUUUCUGACGGGAACAAGUCGGGUGACACUGUUCUCGAUCGGAUAUCUGAUUGGAUCAUUCACGUUCCUCUGGCAAGGAACGGAUUUCUACCUGAGGCCAAUCAAAGCUAUUCUGCGAACCUGGAACAUGCUAAUCGGUUACAAUGUGUUUGUUAUCACCACAAAAACCUUGCUGCAAAUGGUAGGAUGUCUGUACCUAAGCCAACUGACGAGCAACAACUGUUGGCUGGUGCAGCUGCUGGGGAUCUCGUGUUUGUCCUCACAAGAUAACGAACCUACACCUGAUCCCAUCGAUCCGGACGCUAAUGUAGCCACUUGCAACGUACCUUACGAUGACUCCGGGUUGUUUUGGGAUGGAGUGUGCUUUGCCUUUUUGUUGCUGCAACGUCGUAUCUUCUCGAGCCAUUAUUUCUGUCACAUUAUCAAUGAGACGAAGGCCAGCACCAUUUUGGCGUCGAGAGGCGCUGAGUUAAUCGAAGAACUUCGUAUCAAGGACGUGAAGCUGGAAGCCGAACGCGAAAGCCAAAUUCUGCAAAAGAUAAAAAUGAAGAUGGAUCGUAUCAAGGCCACUCAGCAGAAGAUUCUGGAGCCGGUGCAUGAGCCAACGACGCACGCAAAAGAACAAGACGAUCAGCGUGUGGCUCGCACUCAUAGUUUGUCGUCAUAUGCAGGAUAUCACACACCAAUUGAGGACGAACUCGCCGGUGGUUCGAUGAUUAUCGAAGGGGAAGGCAUUUCAGAAAUUCCUUCCGAUAAUGGAGGUUUGAACGUAGGGCGAGGGUCCUAUCACACUCAGGCACCGUCACCUUGUUCUGCUUUGAUGACUGUUUCACUGGAAGCAUAUCUAGAUCCACAGCGAAUGUCUUUUGAAUCACCUAAUGAUAUGCUAGCUAGAGUUUGCAGUCCGGAUGAUACUUUUCCGGUAUUUUCACCACCACCUUGUGAGAAGGAACAACCACCACCAUCUGCCCCAGUUAACAACACUUUGAUGCCUCCAAGUAAAACUGCUAUGCAAACCCGACAGCACCGUAGACAAUCCAGUUUGAAUGCCGUAUCUUGGCCUAACCCCAAUGAACUAACUGUUAGUCCAAGACAACGUCGCCUUUCCAAUAACUUAACUCCAGCUGAAGACACACCUGAUCAAGCACCUUCGCCUCGUUCGCCACGUUCGCCGCGAUCCUUCAAUCGCCACCACCAUCGUCGACAGUCCAGUAUGGGAACUUCUGUAGCUCCAGAAGAACUAACCGUUGAUCCCAGUCGACGCCGAUCCAGUUUUCUGGUAUCACUUUUCGUGGACGACGAUACCACUCGUUAUGACGAUGCGACCCAUGCCGGAGCAGGUCGGAGGCGUUCGCGAACCCGUAGUAUCUGGGGUCCUGUUGGGGAAGCGGCUCUACGCGAAUCGAUCCGUUCGGCCACCUCCCGUUCACCUGUUUCCCAUCAUGAGUAUACCCAACGACGUCCGUCCAGGUUUUGGCGCAAAAUUUCGGAGAACAGAGCAGCCGCCAUUCGGUCCGGCGACUACUACAUGUUCGAGGAUACGGAGCACGAAUUCGAGCUGGAUCUGAUGCAACCCGGCGGUUCGGACGAGGACUUCGAAAGGAAAGGUGCCGCAGAACGACGCCUCAGCCGACGACACAUGACCCUUGGCAAGCUGAUAGCGAAAAUCAAAGAGCAAAACGAGCAGGAAUCCACGGACUCCCAGCAGGAGGAGGGUGGUUCUGCGAGGGCUGAAGAGGAACGUUCCUCUACCGAAACGGCCACCAUGGGUCCGUCGGAUACGAAUGCGGCACUCCGACACGCCUCGUCGCCAGCUUUAAGCCGGUCGUCUUCUGCACGCGAACGAGAUGCCAUCGGCACCGGAACGACGGACCGAACCGGGACCACGGACCGUUCCGCCAUUUCCGAACCAAUUCCACACCAUACUCAUUUUGACCCAAAAAGACGGAAAAGUAAGAUUGAAACAGACGAACCGGAUGGACAGAAACCAAGUACCAGCCGAGAACCUCCUCGACAGCAGUCUUCAACGGACGAGGAAGCCCGGCUGAUCAGCGAUGACGACGAAGAGGAAGAAGAAGCAGAGGAAUUCGAGGCAAAGAAAUCCAAGUUUUCGUUCACUGGGUUCAAUCUGGUAACGGCUUUUCUGGCGGGAGCGCUGGGUUCACUCACGUUACGAUUGCACCGUGUUUCGCGGAGUUAUCGAUACGUGAUGAAGGUCUUGGCGAAGGAAAAGAAGAUUUUGAAGGCAACACCUGGUUUUGGAGCUGGCAUGCGUACUGGUUCCAGCAUGGUUUGGACUCCCAUUCAGGGCUCCGUUCGAUCCGGAAGUAGUUCAAACUCCGGUUCACGAUCCGGUGCUAGUACCAGUAGUGUAAAGUCCCGUGCCGGAACUCCGGUUCUCGGCCGACUUGCUAUAUCCCGUAGUUCCCUAGAGCAUAGUAGAACCCCGUUGCCCACAGUAGCGCUUACGAUCGAUCAGCAGACGAGAGAUCAAGAACAACAGCAGCAACAACAACAGCAACUGCCACAAUCGACAACUACAACACAACCACCCUCACCAACAUUAUCACAACAACCACAACCAGCGUCAUUACCUUCAUCCCUACCAUCUUCUUCCGGUUUGCCCCAAGUUGCUGGCUUGACACGCGGCCAGGAACAGACCUCAUCCACCACUGCCAUUCACGGUGAACAGUACAUUGCGGACAAAGGUCGGCUUCACCAAGUAAGCGGACUGGGUGCUGCUUUAGCCAUGAUGGCCCGUAAGGAACCGCCUCCCACUAAAGAAGAACACCGUAGAAGCUUACUGCCCGAGAUUCUCAUUUUGGCUCCUUCGCUGGAACGCGGAUUGGACGAAGGGGUCCCGUACAAAUUUGUCUCCAGUCAUACACUGGACAGCAAAUCGACGGACACCAUGGAAGUGAUCGAGAAACCUCCCGAGGAAGACGGAUCCGAAGAAGAUUUCGCCAGUCAGGAACAUUCGGUGAUUGUGGAAUUCCUUCAGGCCGCUUGGUAUGCUGUACUGUCGCAUACGGAUUUCAUAUGCUACUUUUUAGUGUUCCUAAACCAGAUAAAAUCAGCCAGCUUACUGUCGCUACCUCUGCCACUGAUGGUGACCCUCUGGGGAACGCUUACGUUCCCUCGGCCAUCGAAGAAUUUCUGGGUUACGCUCAUCGCCUAUACACAAACGGUUGUGAUUCUAAAAUGCGUAUGCCAGUUUGAAAUGCUCUGGUGGAAUCAGAAUCCGAUACCACCGAAUCAACCCUUCAGUCCAGCUCGGAUCAUUGGAAUUGAACAGAAAAAGGGCUAUGCCACGUACGAUCUAGCUCUGUUGCUGGUACUAUUUUGCCACAGAUUCAUCCUGAAAUCGCUCGGUCUUUGGAAAUCGGACUUUGUCGAAGAACCAGAACCAUCCGAAGGAUUUUACAAGCUGGAUACAAACGACGAAAAAACGAAAGCGCUAAUCAACGCUGCCGAAGAAGUUGAAAAGGAUCAAGACGCGGUAAUCAUUCGCCAGGAUCCUUCCACCGAGCUGAGUAUGGUCAAGGUGGAAGAAGGAGCCGAUCACGACGCAGACGAUGCUCCGAACGGAAACGGGACUGCGUUAGUUUGCGUAACGCAUCACUCAGAAGACUCGGGCGAUUACUUCCCUCAGAUAGUGAAACAUUCGUUCCAGAAGUACACCGAAUCGGUGAAGUCGUUCUUCAGCCAGCUGUUGGAUCGGCAAUCGCGCAAAACGGCCGACGUGUAUGGAUAUCUGUUUCUGUGUGAUUUCAUUAACUUUUUCGUUAUACUGUUUGGAUUUUCUGCUUUUGGGACCCAGGAAGGUGACGGCGGCGUGCUGUCAUACUUCGAAGAGAACAAAGUGCCAAUGACCUUUUUGCUAAUGUUGAUAAUCCAGUUCUUCCUGAUCGUAGUCGAUCGCGCACUAUAUCUGCGGAAGUACAUGGUGGGGAAGAUUCUGUUCCAGUUCUUCCUCAUCAUUGGACUGCACAUCUGGAUGUUCUUCGUGCUGCCGGCCACUACGGAACGAAGCUUCAAUGCGACCAAUCCGCCGGUUUACUACUACCUCAUCAAGUGCUUCUAUUUGCUGUUUUCGGCUUACCAGAUUCGAUGUGGCUACCCGGCGAGGAUUCUUGGGAACUUCGUGACAAAGGGCUUCACCAUGAUCAAUUUCACCGGGUACAAACUGUUCAUGACGAUUCCGUUCCUGUUUGAACUCCGAACUCUGAUGGAUUGGAUCUGGACGGAUACAUCGAUGACGUUGUUUGAUUGGCUCAAGAUGGAAGACAUAUUCGCUAACGUCUAUCAGCUGAAAUGCAUGAGACAACUAGAGGAGGAUCUUCCCGCUCCAAGGGGACAGAAGAAAGGAUCGUUGGUUAAGUAUCUCAUGGGAGGAGGAAUGAUGUUCGGUAUCAUCUUGUUGAUUUGGUUCCCACUGGCGCUGUUUGCAUUCAGCAAUGCGGUGGGUGAACCGAAUCUUCCGUACGACGUAUCCGUUACGCUGAGAAUCGGUCCGUACGAGCCCGUUUACGUCAUGUCAGCUCAGGACAGCAACAUUCACGGUCUGAACGAUGCUCAAUGGGAGAAAUUCAUGGCUCCUUAUGCCAAAGAUAAAACUGCACUGACCUUCCUGUCCAACUACGAAUCGGUUGACGUGGCUGCAGUGAAGCUCGGUGCAAAUUCUACCUCAAUUUGGAACAUCUCACCACCGGAUAAGGCACGGUUACUCAACGAUUUGAACACCACUUCAACGCUUACGUGCCGGUUCCGUUACACGAUUAGCCGAAAAUCACAUUCCAAAGAAAAUCCGGGAACGGUAUCGGAGGAGAAGGCCUACGAACUGGGUCCGAAUGAUCCGGCUCGACCGGUGUUAGUGCAGAUGCUGUCUACCGAUUCGAACAUAUCCGUAUCGUUGCCAUACAUGAUGCCAAAGUUUUUGAAAGUUAAGAACAACGGCAACGUUCGUCCGAUUCAUCAGCUCAUCAAGGCUGCUUACACGGACGACAGCGAAGAAAACUAUCGCAACAUCACACUGCGAUUGUUCCAAACUCACACGAACAAUAGCGUUCCACUGUUCUGGUGGGAAGUCAAGGAGAACUGCAGCGAUCCCGCUUACGCCACGUUUGCCAACAUGCCAUACGCCGACUGUUUCUCCCACCUCGUGAUGUACAUGUUCAACGAUAAAAUCUUCCCCAGUACCAUCAGCUCGAUUGCUGCCGGAGGCAUCAUCGGUAUCUACUCCACGUUGAUCCUGGUGUUCUCGAGAAUGCUUAGAACCAGCAUCUUCUCCGGCGCGAGCUCCAAGAUCAUGUUCGAGGAUUUGCCGUACGUGGACCGAGUGCUGCAGCUUUGUCUGGACAUCUACCUGGUGCGGGAGUCCCUGGAGUUCACCCUGGAGGAGGACCUGUUUGCCAAACUCAUCUUCCUGUACCGGUCGCCGGAGACGAUGAUCAAAUGGACUCGACCAAAGAACGAGGAAGGAGACGACGAAAGCGAUUCCAUGAGCACCAGCUCCAAGUCGCGCAAAAAGAAUGACUAGAUCUGUUCAUCACAUUCGGUGUUUCUCUAAUUUCUCAAUCGUGAUAUUACUUUGUAAGGAACAAUUAUUUAUUACGCAAAAGAGCACUUAAUAACGAAAAACAUCAUUAAGUUUGACACUACUUGUUAUGAGAAUUAAUCUCUCUUAGCGUGUUAGUUGGCACUCCAUUGCAUUUGAAUUGUUUGAUAGUCGAUUGGAAUAUAUUUAAAAACGCUUGAUUGGAUUAGCAAGUCAUCAAUUUGUAUUAAGUAUAUUUGAACUUUGAGGAAAAUUAUGUACCAAAUGGAGUCAAGUUUGAACCAGUUUCAAUCUUGCGGAACGAAAGCGCCUUCUAGCUGUUAAUUCACGUACUACUUUAGGAUAAUGUUUGCGUAAACGAAAAAAAAGUCCGUCACGUUGUAAUUCUAGUCGCAGGAUAAUCAUUUAAUUGGACGUUUGCAAAAGUGACUCGUCAUCAUCUAGUUUCAUAUCAAGUUCGGUCGGUUUAUCGUGUUCGAAGUCUGUUAGGAUCUAUUUGGCACAACGAUUUAUAUCUAUAGUUAACUUAGUGGAGCAAAUGGAAACGUCAGUGACAAAUAUGUUUUCUAAUGGUUGUACGCUAGCGGAACGGAUGUUUCUUUUUGACAAAACCCAGUGAAUAUUUGUACAUUUAUGGGCAACCAGUGACGACGAAAUCGAUAGCGAUAUAUUUUUAAAUAUUCUUCGAAAAUAAAAGCAAUUUGUACUUGAA